GAUGCUACCAUUAUAUAAUUUGGUGGACGUUUCCUGAGCUUUCCCAAAUACGGUCCACUCUUUACAUAAACCCUUCAAGUUCCUUCGUCACAACUACAGAGAUCGCACCUCCGAUCGGACUUCCUUCCGUUUUUUCAAGGUUCGCGCUUUUCCUUCUCAUAAGGUCGGAGCAUUCACAUUUACUUGACGAGAUCUUGCUGCACAGCCAAAUUUCAUGUCUGAUCUUGAUAUUCAGAUUCCCACUACUUUUGAUGCUUUUGCUGAUGCCAAUGCUGAGAAUUCUGGCGCCGGGUCAAAGGACUACGUCCAUAUUCGCAUACAGCAGCGUAAUGGUCGGAAAAGCUUGACUACCGUGCAGGGGUUAAAGAAAGAGUUCAGCUAUAACAAAAUCUUGAAGGAUCUUAAGAAAGAGUUUUGCUGCAAUGGCACUGUUGUUCAGGACCCUGAACUAGGCCAGGUCAUUCAACUCCAAGGCGAUCAACGCAAGAACGUAUCCACUUUUCUUGUCCAGGCUGGAAUCAUAAAAAAGGAGCAUAUCAAGAUUCACGGUUUCUGAGCUAGUAACGAUCUUGGCAAAUGGCCCGGUGAUCUAAGGCGUGACAUCACUGCUAACUAUGUAUGAGUCAAAUUAAUUGGUUAAAUUGCAUUGUUUUGAUGGUACGAUGCUCUCCGAUAUUGAACAUUGCCUAUGUUUCUUUUGCAAGCAUUGCUUCGACUUUUAUUAACAUUUGAGUGUUGUGGCUGUGUACCAUACCAUUAUCAUUUUCUGCAUUUGGUGAAUUAUUUUAGACCUUAUA